CGGGAGCACGUACAGCACAAAACUGGGAAUGGCACAGCAAACAGGCUUUGGUCGGAGGUAUAUGAGAGCCUUUGUCAGUGGCUUCUUCGUGGCUGUUCCAGUGACGGUGACAGUUCUGGACAGGCUGGCAUAUGUUGCCCGAGUGGAGGGGGCAUCAAUGCAGCCGUUCCUGAACCCAGAGGGAGAGAUGUCAUCCGACAUUGUUCUUUUAAACCGGUGGAGUGUGCGAAAUUAUCAAGUGCAACGCGGAGACAUUGUGUCUGUGCUGUGA